AUGCCUUAGGGAAGAAUGGCCACAGGAAAUGAGUCUUCAGUGACCGAGUUUAUCCUGCUGGGUUUAACACAACAGCCAGAACUCCAGCUGCCUUUCUUCUUCAUUUUCUUAGGAAUCUAUGUGGUCACCGUGGUGGGGAACAUGGGCUUGAUUAUUCUGAUCGGUCUGAACCCUCACCUGCACACCCCCAUGUACUACUUCCUCUUCAACCUUUCCUUCAUUGAUCUCUGCUUCUCGUCUGUCAUAAUCCCUAGAAUGCUGAUGGGUUUUGUAACAGAGAACAUCAUCUCUUACGCAGAGUGCAUGACGCAGCUCUGUUUCUUCUCCUUCUUUGUUAUUGACGAGUGCUGUAUUUUGACGUCCAUGGCCUAUGACCGGUAUGUGGCCAUCUGUAAGCCCCUGCUUUACAAGGCCAUCAUGUCCCAUCGGGUCUGCCUCACGCUGAUGGCGGGAACAUAUGCGAUGGGGAUUGCGGGUGCCGUGGCCCACACUGGGUGCAUGCUGAGACUCACUUUCUGCAGUGACAACAUCAUCAAUCAUUACAUGUGUGACAUACCUCCUCUCCUCCGGCUCUCCUGCACAAGCACCUACAUCAACGAGCUAGUGGUUUUCAUUGUGGUAGGCAUCAACGUAAUAGUGCCCAGCCUCACCAUUUCCGUUUCUUAUGCCUUGAUCCUCUCCAGCAUCUUCCACAUCCGUUCUUCCGAGGGCCGGUCCAAAGCCUUCAGUACCUGCAGCUCCCACAUCGUUACUGUUUCUCUCUUCUUUGGAUCAUCAGCAUUCAUGUAUCUUAAGCCAUCUGCUGGGUCUCUGGAUCAAGACAAAGUAUCCACAGUUUUUUAUACCAUCGUGGGGCCAAUGAUGAAUCCUUUUAUCUACAGUCUGAGGAACAAAGAUGUUAAAAUUGCACUGAGUACGACUUCGAAGAAAAGGAUGUUCUCAUAA